AUGGACAAGUUCAUCACACGGUCGCCCAAGGCCUUCUUCGCCAAGAAGACGGUAGCGCUCGACCCGAAGACGCUCUCGACGAAGCAGCUCGGCGUCUUUGCCACCAAGAUCGCCGAGGCGGGCGGCGUCGUCUGGCUCCAAGACUGCCAAGACUGCCUUGCGCAAAAGAAGCUGCUUCCGCUGCCUCGCAAGCGUGCGAUCGACGUCGAGCCCGUGGCCAAGAAGGUGAAAGCAGUAACGACGGCGUGCACAUGGGCCAAGGCCGGGUCGAUUCUCUGUGGCGAAGCGCCGCAUCAAGACUUUGAUAUGGACAGCACGCUCAUUACGACCAAGAGCGGCAAGACGUUCGCUGUCCACGACGACGACUGGAAGCUCUGGCACGAGUCGGUGCCCACAAAGCUUCGGUCGCUCGUCGAAGACGACGGGUUCCAGCUCGUCGUCUUCUCCAACCAAAGCGGUCUCUCCAAGGGCAAGGUUACAGAGAAAGGGCUCAAGGGCAAGAUCGAAGCGAUUGCAGCGACAUUGGCGCUACCGCUGUGGUUUUUUCUCUUGCCCGAGAACGACAUGAACCGCAAGCCACGCACGGGGGCAUGGGAUUUUAUGGUCUCGGAGUUUCACCUCGAUGUGGACAUGGCCCAGAGUUUCUACUGCGGCGACGCUGCCGGGCGGCCCAAAGCCACAGGCAAGGCGAAGAAAGACUUUUCUGCAGGGGAUUACAAGUUUGCCCUCAACCUCGGCGUGCCGUUUUGGACGCCCGAGCAGCUUUUCCUCAACUCGAAGCUGAGCCUCCACUGUGACCCGACGCUCCGUGACCUCGGGUUCGACCCCCGCUCGCUCCUUCAAGACGUGAACGCCAUCGAUGCGACGUGCCGACCUUCGGACGCGACCGAGAUGGUCGUGCUUGUCGGUAGCCCGGCCUCGGGCAAGAGCACGUUCUGUCGCACCUACUUUGGCGACUACGCGCGCAUCAACCAAGACACGCUCAAGACACCCGCCAAGUGCAAGCAGGCCGCGCUCGAGAGCCUGCGCGGUGGCAAGAGCGUCCUGAUUGACAACACGAACCGCGACGUCAAGAGCCGGAAGGAGUGGAUCGAGAUGGCCAAGGCACAGGGGGUGUCGGUGCGUUGUUUUUACCUCGAUCUGCCCAAACCGCUCGUCUUCCACCUCAAUGCAUUUCGCGCGCUCAUGAAGCAGUUGCACCCAGACGCGGCCGAACACAAGUCGGACGUGCCCGACAUGGUGAUUCACGGCUUCUUCAAGAACCUCGUUCCGCCCUCGGUCGACGAAGGGUUUGCGUCCGUCCCGCCAAACUGCUGA